AUGUGUCAACGACAAAAGUCACUUGGUUCAUCAUGUAAUUCAACAAAUGAAUGCCGAACUGAUCUUAACUAUACUUGCUUACAGUUCUACCAAUGUGGACCCUUAUCAGUGUUGCAAGGUGAAUCUGUUGCUGGCUAUGGAAAUGCCACGGCCGGAAAUGACAAUAUUGCACUCAACAAUCCUGUUGGAAUAUAUGUUUUACCUAACAAUGAUUUUUUCGUGACGGACUCAAAUAAUGCUCGAGUACAGCGUUACUCACUAGGGUCGAAAAUCGGACAAACCGUAGCUGGUAAUGAUGGUCAAGGCAAUAUUUAUGUGGCAGAAUAUUUAGCAUCUCGUAUCGUUCGCUGGUCCCCAAAUGCAACAAAUUUGACCGUUGUUGCUGGUAAUGGUACAUCGGGUUCUAGUGCAGGAUUAUUAUCUACUCCGCGCCAUAUUUAUCUUGAUACUACCGGCACGUAUCUAUACAUAGCCGACUAUGGGAAUAAUCGAGUUCAGUUAUGGAAUAUGUCAAGCAUUGGCAAUAUAGCGAACGCAUCAGGUAUCACAGUUGCAGGUGGUAAUGGAGCCGGUAUUGCAUCUAAUCAGUUGAACGGACCUCGUGCGGUAGUUGUGUCGAGUAAGAAUGGUGCCGUCUACGUUAGUGACACUUCUAAUAAUCGAAUUCAACGUUGGGCAGUUGGAGCAAGCACUGGAAGCACAAUUGCUGGAGACCCAAAUGGAUUAUCUGGUAGCAGUCCAUCUCUAUUGAACAGUCCAAUUGGUCUCGCGAUUGAUGCAGAUGAAACUCAUCUAUUCCUCAGUGAUACGACAAAUAAUCGUGUUCAACGUUUUCGUCUCAUUUAA